GGGUACAACUGCAUUUUUAUCUCUAAUGUUUAGCACGCACAGCAAAGCGGAAGUUGUACCUUUAUGUAUGAUACAAGUUUGCAACCUGAAAGGAAAGCAUGGCGGACGUAGUGAAUUUGUCAGAAAUAUCAAACAAAAGCGAAAAAGAAACACCAGAUACUCCUGCGGAGCAUCGGGUGAAGAAGGAAGAUGGGGGUGAUGAAGAUAUGAAGGGAGCAGAAAGCCCAUGUGCUCUAGGUGUCUCCGAAAGAGAGGAGAAUUCUGAUCUUGCCCUCAGCGCUAAGAAAGUAAAACUAGAAGUUAAGGAGCGCAGAGAAAAGAAGCAGAAGGUUGAUGAGGAUGAGAUACAGAAGAUGCAGAUUCUGGUUUCCUCCUUCUCAGAAGAACAGCUAAAUCGCUAUGAGAUGUACAGGCGAUCAGCAUUUCCGAAGGCUGCUAUUAAACGGCUGAUUCAGUCCAUAACAGGGUGCUCAGUAUCCCAGAAUGUUGUCAUAGCGAUGUCAGGUAUUGCCAAAGUCUUUGUGGGUGAAGUUGUAGAGGAAGCUUUAGAUGUUUGUGAAAAGUGGGGGGAAAACCCACCUCUACAGCCUCGGCAUAUGCGAGAAGCGCUCAGAAGGUUGAAAUCUCGUGGACAGCUUCCAGAUUCCAAACACAAAAAGAUUUUGUUUAGCUGACGAUGCAUGUAAACGAUUGUUUCUGGAAUUGGGUUAAAUGAGAUACUCCUGCUACUGUAAUGAAGCACAAUGAGGCUUUUGUUACUACGUACACCGUAUAUUUGUAAACAGACUUUUUUGAAUUGUAUUUGCCCUGCAAGAUAGGGUUUCCAGAAGUAGGCUGUAAAGCUCUCAUAUGUGGUAUUCAUUAUAAGGUAGCCAUAAUUCCAUGAAUAUAUGUUCAAAUUUUAAUAGUCUUUAUUUAUUGUGUAAAGAGGGGAGGGGAUUUGUUUAUUUUAAAGAACCAUUCCUUUAUAUUUAACCUUAAUAAACAAAGAAUAAGCAA